AUGGGCGAGAAGAAGCCGGAGCCGCUGGACUUUGUGAAGGACUUCCAGGAGUACCUGACGCAGCAGACGCACCACGUGAACAUGAUCUCGGGUUCCGUGAGCGGCGACAAGGAAGCGGAGGCUCUUCAGGGAGCGGGGGCAGAUGGUGACCAGAAUGGCCUGGACCACCCCUCUGUGGAAGUGUCCCUGGAUGAAAACUCAGGAAUGCUAGUGGACGGGUUCGAAAGGACCUUCGAUGGGAAGCUCAAGUGCCGGUAUUGCAACUAUGCCAGCAAGGGAACAGCCCGGCUCAUCGAGCACAUCCGCAUCCACACAGGUGAAAAGCCUCAUAGAUGUCACUUAUGUCCCUUUGCCUCUGCUUACGAGCGCCACCUGGAAGCACACAUGCGUUCCCACACGGGGGAGAAACCAUAUAAAUGUGAACUGUGUUCCUUCCGCUGCAGCGAUCGGAGCAACCUGUCCCAUCACCGCCGGCGCAAGCAUAAGAUGGUGCCGAUUAAGGGCGCCAGGUCUUCCUUAAGCAGCAAGAAAAUGUGGGGUGUUUUACAGAAGAAAACCGGCAACCUGGGCUACAGCAGGAGAGCGCUCAUCAACCUGAGCCCGCCCUCCAUGGUGGUGCAGAAGCCGGACUACCUUAGCGACUUCACCCACGAGAUCCCCAGCAUCCAGACGGACUCCUACGAAAGCAUGGCGAAGACCGCCUCGGCAGGGGCUCUGCCCCGGGACCCGCAGGACCUCCUGGUCGACAACCCUCUCAACCAGCUCUCCACGCUCGCAGGGCAGCUGUCCAGCCUGCCCCCCGAGAGCCAGAACCCCGCGUCCCCCGAGGUCGUGCCCUGCCCGGACGAGAAGCCUUUCCUGCUGCAGCAGCCCUCCGCCCAGGCCGUGGUGUCCGCCGUGGCCGCCAGCAUUCCCCAGAGCGCCUCCCCGCCCAGCCCCGAGCCCCGGCCGCCCCAGGGCCAGAGGAACUACAGCCCCGUGGCCGGCCCCAGCAGCGAGCCCAGCGCUCACACGAGCACUCCGAGCAUCGGCAACAGCCAGCCGAGCACGCCCGUGCCCACCCUGCCGGCCCAGGACCCACAGCUCCUGCACCACUGCCAGCACUGCGACAUGUACUUCGCCGACAACAUCCUCUACACCAUCCACAUGGGCUGCCACGGCUACGAGAACCCGUUCCAGUGCAACAUAUGCGGCUGCAAGUGCAAAAACAAGUAUGAUUUCGCCUGCCACUUCGCAAGAGGGCAGCAUAACCAGCACUGA